CGGGAGGCCUAUCUUCGGAACUGCAUCCGUUCUGCACGAGCUGCCACUCUCCUUAACUCUUUAACUGCGGAGCUCGACACACACCGGCUCAGGCCGCGGCCCAACGAUGGAGUUUCCGAGGGAAACGACAGAAUCCACUGCGAGGAGUUGGGGACGGGACCAGUGAAUGGGGCUGUGUAGUUCAGUAAGUUGACUUGUUUCCUGUUUUGGCCGCCGGAGAACCGGGGCUGCUCGAGUCCGUGUGUCACAUCUGGAGGAGGAGGGCCGCGUGGACCCGAAGAUGCAGACGUUCCUCCGCGGCCGGCGCGUGGGCUUCUGGCUAAGCGAGAAGAAGAUGAAGAAGCUCAAUUUUCUGGCCUUCGCCGACAUGUGCAGGAGGAAGGGCAUCGAGCUGAUCCAGCUGGACCUGUGUCAGCCUCUCGAGACCCAGGGGCCGCUGGACGUCAUCAUCCACAAACUCACCGACCUCAUCCUGGAGGCGGAACAGAACCAGGGCCAGGCGCUGCUGCUGCUGCAGAGAGUCCAGGACUACAUAGACGCCCAUCCUGAGACCAUCGUGUUGGACCCUCUGCCGGCCAUCAGAACUCUUCUGGACCGCUGCAAGUCUUACCAGCUGGUCCACCACAUAGAGGAGCACAUGAAAGGUAGGCACACACACACACAC